AUGGUUGGAAGAUGUGGAGGGUUACCAUUGGCCAUCAUUGUUCUUGGAGGACUGUUAGCAUCAAAGGCUACAUUCUAUGAAUGGGACACUGUGCACCAGAACAUCAACUCAUAUUUGAGUAGAGCAAACGGCCAAGAACAACGAUUAGGAGAGGUGUUGGCUUUGAGCUAUAACGAAUUACCAUACCAAUUGAAGCCAUGCUUCCUACACUUGGCUCAUUUCCCUGAAAAUGUAGAGAUACCAACAAAGAAAUUAAUAAGAAUAUGGGUGGCAGAGGGUAUUAUAUCUUUGGUUCACAAUGAAGGAGAAGGCGAGGAAGCUCUUGAGGAUGUGGCACAGCGUCACUUGACUGAGCUAGUGGCGAGGUGCAUGAUUCAGGUAGUUGAAAAGAGUUCAACUGGAAGAAUUAGAACUUGCCAAAUGCACAACCUCAUGAGGAGACUUUGUGUUGAGAAGGCAUAUGAAGAAAACUUUCUUUUGGAGAUCAAUUCCUGGAAUGUAGAUGAACUUAGAGGGACAUCAAGAGCAAGGCCAGUUGGAAAAGUUCGCAGGAUUGCCUUGUGCUUGGAUCAAGAUGUUGAUAUGUUCUUCCCUUCACACUUGAAAAGCCACCACCAUUUAAGGUCUCUCCUUUGCUUCCAUGAAAAGACAGCUAGGCUAGCUGAAUGGGGGUUGAUGAAGUCAUUUUUCAACAAAUGUAGGUUACUCAGAGUCUUAAACUUGGAAGGAAUACAGGGUCAGGGAGGAAAGUUGCCAAAAGAAAUUGGCUUCUUGAUCCACCUAAGGUUUCUCAGUCUUAGAAAUACAAAAAUUGACGUGUUGCCCCCAUCAAUAGCCAAUUUAAAGUGCUUGAUGACCCUGGAUCUUCUAACGGGGAAUUCAACUGUUCAAAUACCAAAUGUCAUAGGGAACAUGCACAAAAUGAGACAUUUAUAUCUACCAGAGUCUUGUGGUGGUAGCAUUGAAAGGUGGCAACUGGGCAACCUGAAAAACUUGCAGACCUUGAUUAACUUUCCUGCAGAAAAGUGUGAUGUAGGAGAUCUCAUGAAAUUAACCAAUUUGAGAAAAUUGGAGAUAGAUGAUCCUAAAUUUGGACAUAUCUUUCGGUCUCAUAAUCUGCAAUUUAGCCACCUAAAGUCGUUGUUUUUUGUUAGUUAUGAGGAUAUAUCAAUUGUUCAUGUUGCAUUAGGAUGUCCCAAUCUUUACAAACUGCACAUAGAUGGGCCUAUAAAGAAUUUUCCUGAACCCCAUCAACUUUCUUCCAAGCUUGUGAAGCUAAAGUUGAUGGGUUCUGGACUUCUUGUAGAUCCAAUGCCAACACUAGAGAAGCUUCCCAAUUUAAGUUUGCUUGAGCUACAACUUGAUUCAUUCAUAGGCAAGCAACUACAUUGUUCCCAAAACGGCUUCCCUCAGCUCAAGUCACUGGUUAUCCAUGAAAUGUCAAAUCUUGAAGAGUGGAAGUUGGAUAAAGGAGCCAUGCCUAGUCUUAUCAAACUAAAGAUUGAAAAUUGCACUAAGCUUGAGAAGGUUCCUGAGGGGCUCAGAUUUUUGACCACUCUUCAGGAUUUGGAGAUCAGAUCAAUGUUUGCAGCUUUCAGAACCAAACUUGAAAAAGGAGGAGAGGAUCAUUACAAAGUCCAACAUGUGCCAACUGUGGUUUUUUGUUAUUGUGACUAUUAG